AUGUCAGCUAGCAGCUAUUAUGCUGUUGCUACCAAACUAUCACCACAGGCAGAAGCAAAGCUUCAUACAACAGAAGCUGAAGAGGAGGUGGUUCUUGCACUAAUUGACCUCAAGAAAGAAUUUAAUUUUUUAAUGAUGCAUGUACGGUCAGGUCUUCAGAUCAAAAUUAGCAAGGAUCCCAAGCAGUUAAAAAAUCUUAUAAUAUGGUUGGAGACUUACAUGCAUUGGAAUGAUAAACUAACAAACGCAUCAUUAGACGAAAUUUUUAAAGCUAUUGAUCCAUUUUAUGAUUAUAUCGAUUGCAAUCUGAUAGUGGACAUAAGCGAAAAGUUUUUACAAGAUUUCAAAAUUGGUGAUAGUGAGUUAAAUAUUGUCAGCGAAUUAAAAGAUUAUCAAAAAAAAGCUGAUAAACUUAAGUCUUCAGCCCAAGUGAAGCAUCUUAUUGAAGCAUCAAAAUAUGAAGGAUUUAUAGAAACAUGCAAAUCUACAUUAAAUAUGUCUGUGAUGGUUCUGCACGUUGUCAGUGAAUGGCGCAGUAUCUCCAUCAAUCGACUCUUUCAACUGAUCCACAACUUAUUUCCAGCUGGACACCAGCCAUCGAUAAUGAAAUAUACUACAGUAGAGGAAGGAUCUGUUAUCAUCACAAUGCAUAUUCCUGACUAUAUAGCUGAGAGUCUAAUAGAAUAUACUAGAGGAAAGUUACAGUUCAUGCCUCUUGUUGCUAAUGCUAAUCCUCACCUGAAGACAUCGGAUGGAUCAAAUGCUGUAAUGAUUGCCAGUUACCAUGGUAACUAUGAAGUUGUUGAACUAUUGAUUAGUAAAGGAGUUGAUUAUAAAUGUCAACGAGAAGAUGGAAUGAAUGCUUUUAUUUUGGCUUGUCAAAAUGGCCACACUCAAGUGGUUGAACUGUUGCCGAGGGAAAAAGUUGAUCCUAAUAUUCAAAACGGCGAAGGUAUUACUCCUUUGAUGAUUGGCAAUGCUGCAGAAUAUGAAGUAGUGUCAGAACGGAUAGCUGAUCCAUCUACUAGAUGUAGUGAAGGCAACUCAUUAGCUGAGACAGCAAAGUUGAAUCUUGCAGAGGCAUGA